CUUGAUGAUUGGUUAGCGACUUAUCCUGUGCUCAAAUGUAGAGCAAAUACGGUUUGGACAGAAAAUAAACAAAAUCAAAGUUCAUCUGACUGAUGAUAUAAACAGUCUCUUUGUCCGGCCAGUCUGUGGUACUGAGCUGCAGCAAGAAAAGGUUCAUGAUGCGUGCACUCGGGGUUCUCUGGGUUUUAUCAGCAGCGGUCUGCGUAGGAAGGAGCGAUCAUCACAUCGGACACGCUGUGGAAGCACAAGACAACGCUGCAGACGACAGUGACAACAACCUCUCUCUGGUGACCUCAGCAAACAAGGACUUUGCCUUCCGUCUGUACAAGAAGUUAUCAGAUCAUUCUGACUCUCAAGGCAAAAACAUCUUCUUCUCUCCAGCUAGCAUCUCUGCUGCCUUAGCUGCUCUCUCUGUGGGGGCGCGGGGGGAGACCCACCAGCAGCUAUUCAGUGCUCUGGGCUACAGCAGCUCCCAGCUUGCUCAGACAGAUGUAGACCAGGCCUUCCGUACGCUCCUUGCAAACACAGCAGCUCAUAAUGACCUCACCAAAGGCUCGGCUGUGUUUGUGGACAAACUCUUCAAGCCAAAGCCGGACUUUCUGGAUGUCCUGAAGCAGUCCUAUUCUGCAGAGGGCUUCAGUGUUGACUUUCUCAAUUCUACAGAGGCCGCCAAUACCAUCAAUCAGUAUGUAUCUGAUAAGACUAACGGGAAGAUAGACAAGCUGGUAGAAAGCCUGGAUCCAAACACAGUUAUGUACCUUCUCAGCUACAUCUACUACAAAGGAAAUUGGAAAACUCCAUUUGAUCCUCGAGAUACCAGAGAAGAUGAUUUCAAUGUGGAAGAAAACAAAAAGGUUAGGGUACAGAUGAUGAGAAUGGAAGAAGAUGUUAGUACUUAUAUCGACCAGGAAAUCCACACAUCAGUUCUCCACCUGCCCUUCAACAACUCCUACUCCAUGCUGCUGCUCUUACCUGACAAUAUGACAUUGCUGGAGAACAAGAUCUGCCCUGCGCAUGUCAAUAAGUGGUUGAAGUGGAUGAAAACAAGGAAAUACAACAUAUUUGUUCCCAAGUUCUCCAUCAAGACUUCCUACAAGCUGAAUGAUGUGUUGACUGGGAUGGGAAUGACAGACAUGUUUGGGGAUCGGGCUAAUCUGAGCGGCAUUGCAGAGGGACAGAAUCUGGCUGUCUCAGAGGUUGUGCACAAAGCCACGCUGGAUGUAGAUGAGACUGGAGCAACUGCUGCAGCAGUUACUGGUAUUGGCAUCACACUUCUGUCCUUACGCAUCAUCCCAGAGUUGAAGUUCAACCGUCCUUUCAUGGCGAUCAUCAUUGAGAGAAACACAAAUGAGAUGCUUUUUAUUGGCAAAAUUGUCAACCCAAACAUCUGAGGAAAGAGAGCUUUUGUUGUGCAAACCAAAUACAAGGGGAAUACUUUGUCUGAUGUUUUGUUCCUACUGCAUACAUAAAUAAAAGAUAAAAAAGGUUCA